AUGUUCAUUUAUUGUUCAUUGGAUAUUAUUGAUGAAAAAAUAUUCGAUGCCAAUAAGACGCAGGAACUGUAUUUGGGACCACUUAUAUCAGAUCAGAAUUUCAAGUCAUUUGGUUAUAUAACAAAUACUAAUGUGAAAAUGAUUAUUGUGACUGAGAUAGGCGACAUUUCACUGAAGGAUCAAGAUAUUCGUUCCGACAACUUAUCAAAUCAAAGAAUGGAUGAUGAUUCUGGUUUCAGUGGGAUUGUCAAAAUUUCAAAUAUCAGCGAUUUUAUUGCCCCUUCACAAGCAUGUAUCUUACCAAUUCAGUCAAAAGAAUCUGAUAUGGAAGUUCAAAUUCGAGCUAGGAAUCGAUCAAAGGCGAUUGACAAUAAUGCAACAAGAAAAGUGACGAUUACAUUAAAUGAUUGUCUAGCAUGCAGUGGUUGUAUUACAAGUGCGGAAACAAUACUUAUUAAAGAACAAUCGAAGCCGAAAUUUUUGGAGGGUUUGGCAAAUGCGCAAUUGAAUGUAGUGACCGUUUCUCCGCAAUCAAUAGCAUCCAUCGCUUAUAAACGUGGUUGGCAACAGUCAGAAGCAGCAAGACUCAUUGCCGGAAUUUUCAAGAAUAUGGGAAUAAAAUAUGUCGUUGAUUCAAGCUUUGGAAGGCUACUAACUUUAUCACUCUCUUAUGAUGAAUUUAAGAAAGCGCAGUUGCCGCGACCAGUUUUUACGGGUGUUUGUCCAGGUUUCGUGUGCUAUGCUGAAAAAACUCAUGGAGCAUUACUUAUCCCUCAUAUUAGCCGUGUACGAUCACCACAAGCCAUGAUGGGCGUACUUGUGAAGGACUAUCUAGCAAGGAAGUUCAAUGUAAGACCGGAAAAAAUAUUUCAUGCCUCUGUCAUGCCAUGUUUUGAUAAGAAACUUGAAGCUGCGCGCUCGAAUUCCGGGAACCACUUCGACUGGCGUGAAGUUGACUGCGUUUUAAGUACAGGGGAAGUAGACGAAAUUUUGGAUGAGUACAGCUCAACACAGGAUUAUUUUGUUUCUGAAAAAAUAAAUUGGCUAAAUGCACUAGAAAAUGGGAAGAUAAUUAUGUCCGAGGGAGGCUCUUCGGGUGGAUACGCUGAAUACAUUGUGAAAAGAUUUAUCGCAGAAUCAAAAAGGCCGUUGGAAUUAGAGAGAACUGUAAAGGAUAAAAAUUGGGAAAUCAUUGAAGCAACAGAUGGGGAAACAAAGAUGCUAUCCGUAGCAAAAUGUUAUGGAUUUCGUAACAUCCAAAAUCAUGUGCAGAAAUUAAAACGUUCCAAAUGUAAUUAUGAUUACGUUGAAAUCAUGGCUUGUCCAUCAGGAUGUAUUAAUGGUGGCGGACAAAUCCGUGGUGCCUCGAUUGAAGAAAGAAAACAGAUCUUAGAUGCAAUCGAAUUAUCAUGCUCGGAUAAUAAUUCGGAAAUGGAAGAGGAACUAGAACGUGUAAAAGAAGAGUGGUCAAUGCUGAAUCCAGACUGGAUGGAUUUACUCUAUACGGAGUACCACGCAGUGGAGAAAAGUAAUGCUGACAGAAUAAAUACGAAUUGGUGA